AUGAGCUAUCGAAACAGACCGCCUCUCCCAACGAGCUGGAAUGCUUACGAAAGUGGACGGGCUUCUUCCUUCGGUUCCCUUGAAUCCGUCCCCGAAGAUGGACAGCGGAACGCACCGUUUUCCUCCACGCCGACUACACACCUGGUGCAGGGUCGAAAUAUAGACGAAGGAAACGCAUCCGGAUUAAGGCGAACUUCUUCCAUCGGGAGGAAAUUUGACAGUCUCCGGCACUUGGGAGGGCCAAACAGCAUUGACAACUUUGCCAAGUCACUUCAAAGAGCUGCGGCGUUUCGGGAGAUCACACCUGUGCGGAGAUUGUCCAUCAGUCUCGCUGAUGACGACGAAGAAGGCGGGGAAUCUGGCGAGCAAAAUACUCCAGAACAGAGUCGGUCACUUUUGAGGGAGCAGUUGGACGCGUACCAUAUCCAGAACGGGAGUGAGGAUGCUCUUCAGGAUGAACAGUCCGAGGCAGAGGAGAUAACAGAGGGGUCACGGUUGCUUCCCCAGGAACAACGUCAAGCUCAGAAGUCCCCCACUAGCUUGCUAGGAUCCGUUCCAUUGCUAGCUAACCAGUUGGGGACAAGCUAUGGAAGCAUAUCUUCGAGGCUGACACCUGCUGCCCAGCGACGAGCGUCGAUUCUCAUUGCCGAGCAAGAAGAGACCAACAGACGAGCAAGGGAACAUCCAGAAGAGUUCAAGGACGAACCUCCGAGGGAGCUCGAACAAGAGGUUCUUCCGGACGGUGAGGUUGUCACACGCACAGUGGGCGAGUCCACCGUGCCAAUGACGGUCUUCAACUCCACCAAUGUCCUGAUUGGCGUGGGAAUCCUGGCCCUUCCACUCGGUCUCAGGUACUCAGGUUGGAUCAUCGGGCUCAGUUUGCUCACUCUAGCUGCCAUCACUACCGCCUACACUGCGAAGCUCCUGGCCAAGUGCCUCGAUACAAACACCGGCUCGACCACAUAUGGCGAUAUCGCCUUUCUUGCAUUUGAUACCUGGGGCAGGAAUUCUGUAGAGGCAAUCUUCAUUCUGGAACUUACGGCAGCCAAUGUUGCCUUGGUCAUUUUGUUCGCUGACAGCAUGAACUCGCUUCUCUCCGGCCUAGGGUUGAACGAGUGGAAAAUUCUUCUUACACUAGGUCUAAUUCCUUUGAACUUUGUACCAUUUCGGGCUCUGAGCGUCACCAGUGUGAUUGGGAUUUUCUGCUGCUUUGGAAUCAUCAUAAUUGUCUUUGUCGAUGGUCUGAUCAAGCCCCACAGUCCAGGGUCAUUGAGGGAUCUGGCCCAAACAUACGCCUUUCCCGAAGAUUGGAGGACAUUACCUCUCAGUUUGGGUCUGUUCAUGGCUCCGUGGGGAGGCCACAGUGUUUUCCCGGCCAUCUAUAAGGACAUGCGGCAUCCCCAGAAAUAUGGUCGCGCUGUCAAAAACACCUAUAUCUUCACCUACGGCCUGGAUAUAUCGAUGGCGGUGCUCGGCUAUCUGAUGUUUGGCGACAAGGUGCGCGAUGAAGUUACGUCCAACAUUCUCCGCGACACGUCUUAUCCGCAUGCCCUCUCCUUUAUCCUGGUGGUGCUUAUCUGCAUCAUCCCUGUCACCAAAGUGCCGCUCUCCAAUCGACCCAUCAUGGAUACACUGAAUAAGAAGUUCCGCAUUGAUUUACGUGAAAUGGACCCCAAGGCGCGUUUGUAUAGUCAAAAGAACUGGAAACACCGCGCUGGGCGUGGUGCGGUCGCCAUUCUGGUCAACAUGGUCCCGCUCUGCAUUGCGAUCGGAUUUCCCGACUUCGACAGCAUCAUGGCGCUGAUGGGUUCGGCGUUCUGUUUCACCAUCUGCAUCAUCUUACCGAUCGCAUUUUAUUUGAAGAUCUUCAGCGAUGGCAAGGAGAUUGGUCUGGUCGAACGUGUCGUCGAUUGGUUUCUUGUCAUUAUCUGCAGUGUAUUGGCUGUACUGGGGACGGUAUUUGCUAUUUUGCCCAAGGAGAAGAUUGGUGCCUCAGGUUGA